AUGGAGGCUAAUGACGGCCUCCGUUUGUCUUCACCGAGUCGUCCAGCGCAGGAGGACGUUACAGCACUUGUACCUACUGCGACAGCGAAACUGGGAACCCCCGUUGAUGCUGCAAGUUCAGCGGAGGGCAGCAAGAGGCACAGGCAAAGCAGCGACGAAGAUAAAUGCUGCUCUGAAACAGCGACAGAAAUCCCUCGCCACCUAGAGGACUCCCAUGUCUCCGAUGCAGCUGUGCGUCCCCCCGAGCUAUUGCGGCGGUGCUGCCGUCAUGGCUGCCACCAACUUGUGCGCUGCUGCAGGCAUGCACACUACGGUGCAGCGCAAGACUCCCACGAAGAUGCUAGGGGCAUUAGAAAUCAUGUGAACUGUCGUAGCCUACGGCGCCGUUGUGGCUGUCGUAUGGGGGAGUAUAUUUUUUUGUUGAUACCCCGCAAGCCCCUCAGCCCUGGAGCGGCCUUUCUCUUCUCCUUGUUAGAAGAGGACUCCCCCAGCUUUCGCUGCGCGGUAGAUAUGGGGGGUACCCUGGCGAAGCUCGUCUUUAUAGAAGAGUUAGGGCAUCAGAGCGUCGAUGCAGCAUCAGUAGAUGCUACUGGCACUGUGGGGGCGACCACUCUGUCCAGGAGAGACCCCCAACUCGCUGCGAGGGCCUACUCGAGUACCUGCGAUGCCGCGCUUGACUUGGCGUCUCCCUCUCUUACAAUACGCGCGUCUCCCCGUCGAGUCCUGCGUUUUACUUACUUCCGCACGAAAGCCAUUGCAUCCCUCGUCGACUGUCUCCGAAGCCGUCGACUCGUAAGCGGAGGAGUGCUGAGAAUGACAGGCGGUGGCGCAAUGAAGUAUGCGAAGUUGUUCAAAGAGCAGCUGGGAGUGAAUAUACAGCGGACAGACGAAAUAGACAGCAUCAUGGCGGGUCUCGUGCUGCUGGCCUCCCACACGAAUUCCGUGUUUCGCUUUGACUUAUCGACCAAACAGAGAGUCCCCGUUGAUGUUUCUCGUCACCUGUACCCGUUCCUGGUGGUGAACAUUGGCUCGGGCGUCUCCAUAAUCAAGGCUAAGAGCGCCAGCAGCUAUGUUAGGGUCACCGGCACGUGUAUUGGGGGGGGCACCGUCUUGGGUCUAGCGCGUCUCCUCUUCCAUGCCAAGAGUUUUCGGCAAGUUGUCCGCCUCUCUGAAAGAGGUAUCGUGCAGUUUCUAGGUAUCCUGGUGAGCGCUUCUCUUGGUUUUGCCUCUAUCGCAGGUACUGAUGCAAUGGACUUGAGGGUCGCAGACUUGUGCGGCGAUGCGGCCGGCAGUCGUUGCAUAGCCCCCGACGCGUUAGCCUCGAGCUUCGGACGACUGUACCUAGAAGACCGUCCUGACCUUCCUCGCCCCAAGAAGGAAGAUAUCGCGAGGAGUCUCAUUCAUAUGGUUUCAUAUAACCUGGGAUACCUCGCCUACUUGGUCGGCACUGCUCAUGGCGUACGCAGGAUAUUCUUUGCAGGAAAGUUUAUUAACAACUAUGAUUUCACCAUGGAGUCUAUAACGCAAGGAGUGAACUUUUAUAUGCAGCAGUAUGACCAGCAUACUCCUCAGAGCUGUUUGCGGGGUCCUGCGUCGCCGCUUCUUGCUGCACCACCAAAUUUCAAUGUCAGUGCACAGCAGCGUAUUUUGUUGGAGCAACAGCUCCUUCUACAGCAGCCGCCUUUGCAUGUACGCGCGGCGGCUGCCGAGCGUGUUCCUUUUCAAGUCGACAGCGAUGGCUUGCCGAGCCAGCAUCCACAAGGGCUUCUGGACUCUACCCCAGCAGAAGACACAGCGGCUGCAGCUAGUGCGCUGGCUCAUGCAGCAUACAGUGUGACUGCUGCAUCAGGUAUACAUGUGGCGUCAGCAGUUGGAGAUGUUAGUCCAAUGUCUAUGCCAGUCAGGCCCCAAGCGCAGAGGCUCUCACAGGCGCAACAGCAACUACAGCAGAGGCCAUCUGAGCAGCUGGAGCAGCCUACCGUCUCGCCAUUGCGCUCGUCACCUAGCCCAUCCACAGGCAACAACAGUUCCAGCUUCCUCGGCCCUCUACCAGUUCAUUCCGAGGUGGCUGGUGGUGGCACAGUUGCAUGCUGGGCUCCUUUUGAGGUUCUGUUCCUGCGUCACGAUGGAUACUUGGGGGCUGUAGGGGCCCUUGUCGCUCCUGGGCGCGAGGGCCCUCUCUGCUAA